UUUGAAUACAGAUGGCUGGUUACGUAGGUUAACCUAAGUAUACAGAACGAUUUUUGUGGGCUUAUAAAGACUAAAGUAUACACAAAACAGUGGUCGAAGGCGGUACUUAUAUUAUUAUCAUGCUAUCAUAUUAUUGGGCAGGUGAAUCUUAAGAAUUUUAACCGAACAUAAAGGAUUCCACAAACGAGGAAAUUUGUAUAAAACAAGGAACUUGAGACACACGUGUCUUGCUGACAGUUGGCGCCAAUCUUUUCAUCUUGUGUCAUAAAGUUUCAUUUUAUUUCAAUAUCUAAUCGUGGUGCAAGUUUAUCGACGCUUUGAUCUGGUUGUAGUGAGUAACAGCAAUAAAGUUCAGAUGUGUGGUUGAUUUGAGUCAGUAUUGUACAGCCGCUUUGUCAAGAAGAUCGAAUUCAGAUAUAUGUUUACCACAAAGAAGAGAAUUCAAUUUUAGUAUAUCAAGGAGCUAAUUGUUGAGUGAUUCUAAUUAUAGAUACAUUGUAAAGAGGAGUUCAAUAUCAAGUCUCGAAACGCUUGCCAAGUGAUUCUUAGAGCAUAUCCUGCGAAUUAAGGAGGGAAUUCAAUUUAAUCUAUCGAAAAACUUUUUAAGAGUGAAGGCAGUGUGUCUUGAGGUUUCGCAGGAUUUCAUUCCAAGAUGUCAUUUGAGGUUAUUCAAUGCGAAGACGAGAAGGAAUCAUGCCCUAAAUUGCCCAAAAGGAGCAGGAAACUACAUCGUUGUUUAGAAAUGUGUAUAAACUUGAAGGACAGAAAGAUUUUGGUAGCAGCCCAUGGAGUGUUCGUGUUCUCUCUUGGUGUUGUUUUAAUUGUUGGACAUUAUGCAAUCAACGCGACCACCACGUCAACAGUACAUACAGAGUCAUCCAUACCAAAUGCAGUUAAUUCAGUUCUGGUAAGUCAAUAUGUACUUAGUUAUCAUGUUAAAAGCUCUCUUGAGAUUUGGCAGUCUCGAAUUUUUACACAGGGAACAUAAGUUAACAAAAUAAAAGUUUGAUGAGUGUUUUAACUACAGAAUGAAUGAUAGUCAUGUUGGGAAAGCAUUAACUUAGGUAACCAAGGUCGUGUGACCUUCAUGUACUAUCAUCUUUGUUUGAUUCGAGCUUAUUUCUUUAUAUUUUCUGUAGUAGUCUUGUAUUUGAAGGCACUAAAUGGAAUUUAAGACCCCCUCUGCCCUGAAAUGUUCCAUAAAACCCAGUAUUCAUGCAAUCUUUCUCAACGGCCAGUUUAUAAUAGUUUAUACCUGUAAACCACAAAUAAAUCAUACUUGUAUUCUUUUGUAUUUCGGCUGAUGAGAAAGAUCGUGACUCGAUCUUUACGACCGUUACGACCAUACGGAAACCAGGCUUAAGUCUGAUUUCAAAAUAUUUAGUGAGAAAUCAUUAAGGCCAAGGGCUAGAUGGCGGAUUAUACAUACAUACAUACAAAACUUUAUUUAGACCACGCUAGCCUCAACAGCCGUUGGAAGGCUGGUUUCCAUGAGGGGCGUGAAAUUACCUAUUUACAAAAAGUUAACUAUAUACAGGAAAUACAAAAUAUAACAAAAUAAAUAAAUACAAUUGAUUUUAGCUGCGCGAUUAUACACAAGCAAAUUUCAACUCAUUCUUUGUUUCAAUAUCGACUUGAAAGAGCUUAGAGAUCCAGCAGUUUUUGCCUCAUGGGGAAGAUUAUUCCAAUGCAAGGCACCAUUAUAACUGAAGCACCUCUUGCCGAAUUCUUUUUUCGGCAUAGGUGGUGUUAAAUCAGUAUCCGUAUUUCUAAGAUUGUAAGUAUUAUGUCUUUCAUUAUUAAAAUGAAAUACUUCUUUAAGAUUGGGUGCGGUGUGGCCAUUCAGAACUUUAUAGAUGAAAAUAGAUUUAAGAUAAUUUCGUCUUUCUUCUAGAGGUUUCCAAUUUAGAUUAUUGAGUAACUCAGAUGACCGAAUAUCGUAAGUUGCCCCAGUAAUUACUCUUGCAGCACGAUUUUGGUAUUUUUGCAACUUAUCUAUGAUCGUAUAGUAUAUAGUGACCAGUGUUGAAAUUAGUCAAGCAUGCAUUCACUGUAUUUUACAGAAAUUUAUAGACAUCCCCCGUACGUACGAUCAUGAUAGACUUACCAUGGCUACUAACUUAGUAUUCUUAUUCAGCUUUGAAAUACCAGUGUUCAGGUAAUUCAGCCGUUUUCACAUCUGUGUGAUAGAUAUACGUUUUGUUUGCCUGUUUGUGUUUCUAACGGAAACUUGAAAUCACGCGCCAAAUCUAAGUCACGAGAAGAUCGACUAAUUGGGUUUGACAGCACAAGAAAUUGCGACUUAAUAGUAUCAAUUAAGGCGAAAUUCUUUAAAUAGGGACGUCGGUUUUAAUAGAAAUCAAAUGUUUACAACUAUUUCAAUAGUUGUCUUAUGGCGAUUUUUUAUUAAUAUUGAAAAACCUUCGAGAGUUUGUUUACGAAAUUAUUGCAAACAGUUAUUAUUAAAAUAUUGUGGUUAUAUUAUGCAGCCACAUGUGGUCGCUCUCGGAUACGUCUUUUAUCGUUUGUAUGCUCGAGCUUGUUUUUUUAUCGUUAUGCUUGAGAUUAGAGAGUUUGAGCAAGACAACGAAGUACGAAGACGAAGGCAUACUUGACAAUUUUUGCCGUCUGUACAUUAUCUUGCGCAUACUGAGCUGGACGUCACUGGUGGUUGCACAACGUGUCUUCCCAUGUGUCGCUGUUUAUGAAUACUGACCAUAAUUCUUGUCCUGAUUCAGAAAAAAACAGCGAGACAUGAAACUAUAUCCCGUCUUUGUCCUUGUGCCUUCGUGCAGAACGAAGUUCACAACGAAUUUUGCCAAAAUAUUCGUUGUGAACGAAGGCAGAAGACGAAGACGGGAUAUGGAUUCAUGUCUCGCUGUUUUAUCCUGAUCAGGGUAAGGAUUUGGGUCAGCAUUCACAAACAGCUAGACAUGAAUCUCUAAUCUGUCUUCACUCCUGACCCUAAACUCAGAAUGCGCAAAGUAAUGUGCAAGGCAGGCAAAAAUUGUCAACCACGUCGUCGUCGUUCGACUUCGUUGUCUUGCUCAAACUCUCUAUUGGCGAACCGCUUAAGCAAUAAGGCUUAUUAAUCCAGCACGGAGAUGCAUGUGACAGGAAACAGCUUUAAAUUUUAUAGCACUUCAAAAACUAUAACGGCACCGAUAUUAGAAUUGACGACGGCAAUUAGUAUGACAAUCGCUAAUAUUGUAAAAAAUAAAUUAUUAAUUAAAAUCUCAUAAAACAGUAUUAGAUAGUCCUCGUUCUGUUUACGAAGGGCUUUCGCUCGAAACGUCGAGUUUCUGCUAGUAAGGUAGUAAUAUAACCACCCAGAAAUGACAGGCUAUUACGUCUAAUAUACAACGGCUACACUUCAAAAUGGGAUAACGGUUAUUUCAAAUUGGAUCCUACCAUAAACCCUUGUUUUAACCUCGAUCCUUAAACCGUGAUUAAUUUCAUAUAAUGGAUAAUAGACGGCAGGUUUUCCUUGCAACCAUUUAAUUCAACAAGUUUGCGGUUUUACCGCCGUGGUAGCGUUGCAGUCCUAUAUGCUUAUUAUGCGAUAACACUGAACAAGCGCGCAGCAUAUGGAGAAAAGAUGUUACUGUGCGAGAAUAUAUAUUGUAGAUGUUUUAGUAGGUGACUGAUCGUUUUCAUAGGCUUCUAUAACGACUAUAAGUGGUGUGACGUUUUCCGUUACCACCAUGAUUUAAACGCAUUGACAUUGUUAGGUUCUUCUAACACGUACAGUACAUUAUACCAUUGCAUUUGAGCAACUUAAUUUGUACCCAAUUCCAAACGCACCAUUAUUUUUUUCUUUUGAAAUUAAUAAAAAGCCACUUAACUCUUCUACUCUAAGCCAAUUUGCCGUCUACAACUUCGUAAAGUCUUUGCUUGUAAACAUGUAUCGAAGACGACUUCCGAAACAGGCCCAAUGCAUACUAAAAAUAAUAAUAUCAUGGCCAUUAAUUGGCAUUGCUUGUUGAUAACUUCCUAGAGUUAAGGCAACCUCGUUCCCAGGCUCUUAAGGAUAACGUUACAUCUGACUUUAAACUCAAGAUUUGGGUUGAAUAUUACACAAGUCAUCACUUGAAUUAUAUAUUCACUACAUGUUUUGGGCAAGAAGCUAGUACUGGGAAAAAUUUGCAUGAUUAUUCAAUAAACUCUUGAAUUUAAGCCUUAAUCUUCCGGUACACAUGUGUUCGCAAUAACAGUUAAGAUUGAUAGGUAUGUCAUUUUCUUGAAACAACACGUGUUGUCUGCACCGCCACAAAUCUUCAAACAAACUUAUUAUCAUUUGUCCUAAUCUCACUGGAAUUUUCAUGUUUUCCUACGACUUAAUUUGCCUGUGUUUUUGUAAUAAAUUAUUUAAUUGAGCAUGUUUUACAUUGGCGCCCUGGUAAUUCUCAACAAACAAGAACUUCGUCCACGGACCUCGAGGUUCCGCGUCGCGCUAAUAAAAUAGCGAACUUAAGAUCUACGACGCGGCACGCUCAACGACGAGCUUGCGAAAGAAAGAAAUUUGUCAUGCAAGACAAAAACUGUGAAUAAUUUGUGGUCCCAGGGGUAUUCUCAACGGCUUUAGAGACCUUGCGAUUUUAGGACGGCAACGGAUACCAAUACAAUAGAUCAUUGAAAAGAAUUGAAAAAUUACAAUAUAUGAAUAAUUUAGACUUGUCCUCGCUCUGUUUACAACGCCAAAUCACAGAUUUUCACGUCUUGAUGCAACGGCUGCAUUUCAAGCCGGAACAAGUGCAACUUCAAACUGGAUUCAGGAGAACUCUUCCCAACCACAAAACCCAUGUCUUCAACUUCUAAAACUGUAUUAAAUACGAUUGAUAAUGUACUGACGAAUUAUCUUUACUACCAUUUAUUAGAAGGAGUUUGUUUUGGCCAUCGUUGUCGCGUUGUCGUCCUAAAAUCGUAAGGUCUCUUUUGUUAUGCUCAACACAACGUUAAACUAAGCAUUAUCACGUCUUUGAAGCAACAGGAAAGCUUAUUCUUGACUUAAUCAAUCCCUUGAGAAUUAGAAGACAAUGCCAACAAUGGCAUGGUGGCCAUGUUGGUGCCAAAUUCAAAAGAAGUUAAUGAGAUUCUUUUGUUGAAAGGGGGCCAACAUGGCCGUCUUCCACAUCAUUGCAAGUCAAGAACUGUGACCCAAGAGGUGUUACUUAAAUUCGAAAUUACAACAAACAUUGCUUUAGUCGAACUUAGCAGUUUCUAAUGUUAUUUGAAAAAUCUUCAAACAUUUAUUACAGUAAUGAAAUUGCUUAGCGCUCAUUCUUGAGCUGAAAUUCAGACCGCGUCGUUGAUCUUACGCUCUCUAAUGACAAUAUGACGUAACUUCUUUGAAAGACUUCAAAACAACUUCGCAACAGUUUGUUUAUACACUUGGAUAUAUUUUUUCCAGAAAUUAGUUGACUACGCCGUUAGAGUUUGUUUACAAGUUAACAUAGCACACAACUUUUGUCUAAAACAGCCGCAUACAACAUGCUUAUAAUUAACUUGAGUUGUAUACUGUGUAAAUCAAGCACACAACUCGAGUACCUGUAGAAACUAACUUCACUGAAACUCAGUGCCACAGAGAGGUUGGCGGGGGCCCGGGGCAAAUUUUUUUUAGGGGCCCCCUUUUUUGAAAAAAAAUUUUCCGGAAAAAAUUUUUUCCGGACAACAACCUCCCCCCCCCGUCGCAAAAAAAAUUUUGGUCAGUGUACCAUUUUAGGGGUCAAAAAUUUUUCCGGAUGAUUAAGUUGCACACACUUUCCAGGGACUUUAACUCAUUUUUCUAUUCCUAAUUUUGGUACUUAGCCCAAUAAAACAGAUAUGUUGUCCUUUGCGCGGAAAUAUUUAACACAGAAAAAAGACUGGGGCCCAACAAAAAUUUUUCAGGAGCCCCCAGCACUUCGGGGCCCGGGGCAAUUUGCCCCCCUUGCCCCCCCCUCUCGGCGGCUCUGCUGAAACUGGCUGAAUGUCAACACCAUGUCAGGCUAGCAAUCAGGACGUCAAUACGCAUCGUAUGGGUCUCAAUUGAUUUCCUAGAAAAACAUGCUCGAGAUGGUUUCAAUUAUUUGUUAUUGAAAAUAUUCACAAUGUGCUGGCUAUCUGAAUGCCACUAUGUGAGAUAUGGCAGCAGUCACAACAAACAACUCGGUUUAUCUGAUUUGAACACGUGCCGCGGUUUCUGUUAGGAACACCCAGUAUCAAAUCAGAUUUGACGAUAUCAUGGUAGUAUUCUAAAGUAAGCUGCCUGGUGUCUGACUACCAGAAAAGAUCAAUUUAAUCCAUAUUUAUGCAUAUAUAUCAUCAGUAAUAAUUUUUUUCAAUCAAACAUAGGGACCAUUGUAGCUGGUAUUAUUCUUCGAGUGCGAUGCCAACAAAAUCUUGAUAUUAUUCCCCAAUAAGCUACCUUGGUGGUCUCUAAACAACCUGAAAAGUCAUCUCAAACCUGAGCUCGAGGACGCAGCUAGUGUAGUCUACACUGUAUAGUUGUGUUUCACUAAACUGCCGUACAGUCAUAGGCGUACCGGGCGGGGGGGGCGGUAGCCCCCCCAGUUUUUUGGGCAGUCGGGCAAUAUUCGAUCAACAGUCGGGCAAUUUUGGUUUGCAAUAAAAAAAAAAUGGUACAAAUUCUGUCAAUUUUGUCUAAGAUUAAGUCAAUUUUUUUGCAAAUUUUGUGAUUUUUCGAAAAUUUUUGUUAUGUUCCGGAAAAUAUUGGUUGUCCGGAAAAUUUUUUUGCCCCCAAAAAUGGUACACUGACCGAAAUUGUUUUGGCGACGUGGGCGGGGGGGGGAGGUCGCCAAAAUAAUUAUUCCGGGAAAAAUUUUUUAGUACUAGUCGGGCAGAAUCCUGAAAAGUCGGGCAAUUUUCUUUCCGCCCCCCUAAUUUUUUCCUUCCGGUACGCCCAUGGAAGUACGGCCCGUACUUGGUGUCUAAACUACCUGAAAAUGAUACUUCGAACGUGGAGCGAACCUGUUGUAUGCAGUAUAUAUCUACACUAGGCUGCCAUGGUUGGAAACCCAGCGUAGGUUGUACGUAUUCUUUAGUAAGCUUCCGUGAUGGUGCCGUUAGCUUUUGUCAAAUACUUCAGACACUCAUGCUGCUACGCCAUAACCGCAACAGCACGCUUCGGCCGAGUUGUAUCUAUAUAUACUACAUUUAAAACAUCUAUUCAAACGUAUCUUUUUAUAGGUUAUUCUUAGCGGGCUUCUUUUCACUUUACUUCUUGUCAAGGAACAACGGUAUUUGGUAAGUUUAUUCAGUUUUUUUAUUAGACACUUCAUGGUUCAGUGGCAACUCAAUUUUUUUUUCAAUUGAACUAUAUAAUCUAUAGCGCUUUUUCAUAAAAAUAUAUGAAGAAGCGCUAGAUUAUAUAUAGUUUAGUUGCUUCAAUUCAAUUUAUUUACCACUUCUUUCAGUUAUUUACAUUGAUUAUUGCAAUAAAAUUUAGGUAUAUUUAUAUUUAUGUAUGUCAAAUUGAAAGGAAAGGGAGUGGCGAGAAGACCUCAGGAAGUCAAAGACUUGUAUUAAGAGGCCAUCUCCUUGUUAUGCGGAACAAAGUUUUUUUCAAUUUUUGUUUUGUUUUGUUGUUUAUAAAUGACAUGUUCAUAGCUUAAAUUAAACUCAGCAGUGGUCACACUCAAACGCUAUUACAUAGGUCAGAGGUGUAGCCACAAGGAAGAAUUGGGGGUGGGUCCGGACCCACACACCUCCACCAUUUUUCUUCAGGACAAAUUUUGUUAUUCUUUCAAAACUGAGGAAAAACUGGGGGCAUAACCCCUUAAUGUUUUCAUCUAUGAUAUAAAAUAUACCAAACCUGUGACUAUCUGAUUAUCAUAAAUUAAUGUGUCUAAAAUGCAUGAAAUGGCGUUUGGCAAUGGCACUUGGCAGACCCAAAAUAGAAACAUAUUCCGGGCGACCAUAUGAAUAAAAAUCGAUUGCUUGGAAAAUAGUGGGUUCUCGAGAUCCUGGAACCCAAGGAACAUUUGUCUCAGCAAGAAGAUUGAGGAUCAUUUUCAAUUUUUCACAAAUAUCUUCUCAUUUGUCGUUUGAGAGAUGUACCAUAAAUAAAGAACGAGGUUGCAGUAUAGUCAAGUGUAAUUUGUCAGGGCCGUAGCCACCAAUUUAUAAGUGGUAAAGUUAGAUUCGAGUCCCGAAAUUGAUUACACUAAUGGUGAUAAUACUCGCCCAAAAAAUAUCUUAAUCAUAACCAUUUUGGCCUCCAAGAUAAAACGUUACCUAUAAUACUGGCGCAAAGUCUAACACUUUGGUUGAAACCAGACCAACCGGACCGGUGGCUACGGCCCUGUUUGUUGUUGCAUACAUAAUAUUUACCGAUGGUGAAUUGGCUUACCAAGUUACCAUCUAGCAUAAUGCAUGUAUGGUAAAAUCUUCGAUAUGAAUGUUUUACGCAAUUUAAUUAGUGAGGGAAAUUUGAAAGAGACAAAUUCAGGAUCAGAGGGACAUUAAACACUUUUUUCAGGUCUGUCCGGACUUCGGUCUUUUCCAAGUCCACGCUAUAUUUAUUGUUGCAGUAAUGCAAUAAUAAAUACAUAAAUAAUAAAUGCUCGUUGCCAUGGUAUUUUCCACAAUCCGAAACAAAUAUUAUAUCGCCACAAACAACUUAUGACGUAUUUAAUCUUCCUCUAGAUAAUUAGUACCAUUAUCUUGUCAACUGUAUCCGGCAUACUCUCUGCUAUUGCCGCAGUGCAUUAUGGUAUUACUGUAUCCAAUCGUCUUGCGUCACUCUCCGACUGUACGUACAUUAGUCAUCAACGGCUUUGCACAUGCUUGGUGGUAACAUCAUCGUCAAGAGUGACAUAUAAUUUUGAGAAUACGGUUAGUUGUACUAUUAUCACAAAACAUUUGUGCGAAGUGGCUUAUGGGAUGUGUGGUGUCUACGCUGUCACCUUUGUGUCUUGCUUUGGUGCCUCUGUUUAUGCAAUAUUGCUGGCUCAUAAAGUUGAGAUAAAGAAGGUGAGGGAUUGUUUUUUGAUAAUAUAUUAAUUAAGACAAAUAGCAUUUCAUUCUUGCUAUACACAGUGUCAUGUUUUCUCAGUUUGAGAAAUCAAAUCUUAAAAAUACCGAAGUUUUUGCUGACGAGCCUAGUUUUUGCACAUUUCAAAAAGGCUAAAACUUUCACUGUUCGCUUUAAUAAGCAGUUUGUGAUGAAAAAUUGCGCGCUUAUUCGCAUGCACGUAAUACAUACAAUACAAAUAACACAAGGUAGUGGCAACUAGUUUUCCGAUAAAGAACUUGGUAGAAUUCCGCGCAUUAUAGUUGGUUAUUUUUGUUUAAUUAAAGUAAUUAUUAUCAAACACCGGAAAAUGUUGAAAAUAAUUUGAAACGAUAGAUCAAUGGACUACAGAGAUAAUAAUUAAUUUUGUAGAUAUUUAAGAUUUUCAAAUCUAAAAUAAUGGGUCGAUCAGAUGUUGCGUUCGGAGUGAAUCUUCGAAAUCACAAUCAGACAAUGGGACAUAUUGCAGAUAUUGAACAGGGCUCAUUGACAGACGUGCGACUGAACACGCACUAAGCAUUGUGCCGUGCAUUACUGUAAAAAAAGCACAUGUGGAUUUUUGGGGGUUUAAAAUUUCUGCCAAAAUACCCAGGGAUUUGGGGAGUUUUUGUGAGAUUUUCAGGAGAGUUUAAAGGAUAUAUAUUUUUGGCAAGAUUUUAAAUUUUGCAAAGGCCCGUUUACACUUGUAAAUUUUGCUGCGAUUUCCACUGCGAUGACGCAUGUGAACGAGUAGAUAAUAAUAAUAAUAAUAUAAUAUAAUGAAUUUGUCACUUUAUACACGAUACAAACUAAUUAAUUAAAGACAAAUAAAGACAGAUACAAAUCGUGACAGGGGAAAGGAACAGGACUCUCGUCCCAAUUGACACCUAACCCCUAAAAAGACGUUAAAUAUAAAUAAAGAUAAAGAACAGGGGCCGGUUGUAUAAAACUCUUAAUUACUUUUUAAUCACUAUUUUGUAGUUAAAUAGUGAUUAACUCUCAAAUACGCGCUUCUUAUUGGAUGACGUUUCCACUAACUAUAGUUAACUUUAAUCACUUUUUUAUACAACCGGCCCCAGGUUAUAACACAUUAGUUAUAACAACUUAUACUAGCUAAGGUUUGAAUCGUGACUAUAAAAGUACUGAACGUUUACACACUGCGACUUACCCACUAUGGAGAUUACUAUUAUGAAUUAUUCAAAAUUAAUUUGGAAAUCACGAGUCAAUUUAUAACAUAUUUGUAAAUAUGAUGAAAAUGGCCGGAUGAUGGUUCAACAAAUCGCAAUGUGUAGACGCUGAUCACGCAGUGCCCGGAGGUACGUAAUGCGAUAACUUAGUAGAAUACAACUUAUGAAGAUGAGACUUGAAAAUACUUAAAGAAUUGGAGGAUUUGACAAGAGACGGUCGAGUGUUCCAUAGUUCAACCGUUCUAAUGAAAAAAGAAUUUCUAAAAUAGUCCUGCUUGUGUUUAAUUAUAAGAUUAUAGUUGUUUUUAUCAUAAUUUCUUGAUUGGUAUCCAGGUUCAAAAGUACAUAUAUAUUUGUUCACAUCAGUAGUAAUUGCUCCAGUUCUAGAUUUUAAAAGUAGGCAUAAGUCUGAGAUAUCUCUUCUGAACUCAAGAGGGAGAAUCUUGAUCUUCGCGAGUCUGUCGGCAUACGUUAGGUCCUGUGGAUAGUGAAGAAUAAACUUUGUUGCCCUCCGCUGGACAUUUUCGACUUAUGUAGAUGAGAUAGGAAUGUUCUGAGUAUAAUAUAUGUACCCUGGUCUGAACAUUCAUAACUGAUCAACUCAUUCACAUCGAUCAGAAGAAGAAAAUCGCCUCAGAAAUUGCAGCAAAUUAAAGAGUAAAUGAGAUUUUGAGAUUCUUAGGUAUGUUGUGGAAAUGUUUGUGACUUUAUAGGAAGUUUUGGGAUUCGAGAUUUUAUGGAUUUCAAACCUUCAUGGCAGGAUUUCCCGAAAUAUUUUUUUUUUGUUUUUGGGAAAAUGUACGAGGAUUUUUGGAGUCCUUCACCCCUCGAAUCGAGUUUGUUCUAGUAUUACACAUAUUGUCAUGUCUAAGCAGAAUUCAUACAUUUUUGUUGAAGAUACAGAGUCUGCAGCAACAAGAAAACGUUACCUCCAAGAACUACCUCAAAGAAAAACAACCAUUUGAAGAAUAUUCCGCUGACAUUUCACCCAAAGAUCACAAGAAAUCUCCGUCACUAUGGCAACAUGACGUUGCGACACAGACUGCCUCAAGUAGCAUCGCAAAAGAUGUGAGCUGUCGUCAUCAAUGUCGUCAUUUUGUCGAAGUGACGGUACCGGACACCAGUGACGAUUUUGUCGUGAACAUCACCAAGAGUCGUGACCCACCUCCUCCAUACUGUGAAACGGUUUAUACUUAAUGUGAAGUCAGGGAAAAUAUCAGAGUCCUUAUUAGAGAGGUCUGGCUAUCCUGUACACGGAUAAUUUUUAAGCCAGUUUCCAUUUGGUUGCGACAGUACCAUUGCAAGGUGGCGUGUGUAAAUAGUGUCAAUAUAUCUCUGAAAUCAGUAAAGACUAAUUUACGUACAGCACACAAAAGAUAAGAUAAAUCCAGAUUAUUUCAUGCAAUAGAGUGUGGUAUAUCUCUGUAAUCAGUAAAGACCAGGCGUGUGUUGGGAUGGAGGGUUGUGACAUGGUCUAAAUAAUUUGAAAUAUUAAAAUGUUGGUCAAAUUAAACAUAUUGAUAAAAUUUUUGCUGUAGGUCAAGUUAAACCUAUUAAUAGAAAACAUGUUGAAACGCUGAAAAUGUGUUCUUCACCCUCAGCAUAACUCCAACGUACCUAAAAUAGAUAAGCUUGGUUGGAAGGAACACGUAGUCUAUAUUUUUGUAUAUAAGCUUCAAAAGGAAUAUCAAUACUAUACGAUUAAUAUGGAGAUCGUUUGUUUCUAAAGAUACUUUAAAAAUUAUCUACAAUAAGCUAUUCCUACCUCAUUUUGAUAAUUGCGCUCUUGUUUGGAGGAACUGUUCUGAAACUUGAAAAUUAAAUAUACAGAAACUCCAAAACAGAGCAGCAAGAAUCAUCACAGGAGAUUACUAUAUGACAUCAGGUUAAAACAAGUAUUAGAAAAGUGUGGUUGAAAAACGUCAGAAGAAAGACGUGACAGUCAAAUAAGAAAAUAUAUGAGUAAUGUAAUGAAAGAUAAUUUUCCCGAAAUAAUAUGUAAUUUUUUGAAAAGUGUGAUAAUGAAAAUUAUAAUUUAAGAAGCAGGGGAAAAUUACUUAAAUUAGCCUAGUAGUAAUUUUUUAAUUUGUUACAUGGGAGCAAACAUCUGUAUGGAGUCAGCAAUUAAAUGAUGUAAUUUUUAAUCUUGUAUAUAAACCAAGUCAUACUUUGUAUACUUCAUUUGUAAAUAUUUUCACGGCCCUUUGAAAAACAAUGUAAUAUAUUGUUGAUAGGUUACGUGAUUAAAUAAACUUAAAGGCACAGUUCAGCCUUUUGAACGACGGUUUUUAAGGGCGCAUUUCAGCCCUUUUAAUUGAAAAAACUAGGAAAAUCAAUUAAGUAUAAUUCAAAAUCAGUAAACUCGAUGUUUUUACCAAUAAAAAUG